UCUGAUAACAUAGACAGGAAGUUGUGUUUUUGUUCUGAAGGACAAUCGAAUUGAAAGUAUGGGGACCUGAUAAAAAAAACUAACGAUGUAAUGCUAAUUAAAAAGAUUGGACUAUGGAUAUUCUGCUGUGUUUUCUAGGACUUCUGCUCAGUAUAACGGAUAUCGAUGGUGGUACAGAAUGUCCAGAAACAUUGCAUUUGCCAAGUCUCGCGAUCGGUGGUACGAGAUUUUCGGAUUACGAAAAGAUAGCGUCAUUUCCGUGUGAUGGACAUUUGACUGGAUGGCGGAUAAUUGGCGCCAAACCUGAAUAUAACAUAUACCUGGGAGUAUGGAUCCCAAAUUAUGGUUCUGAAAAACUUCUCACUCUUUUAUACCGUGUAAACCAGGGAAGCGAUGACAACAUGGAACCUGUCAUUAUCGAAAAAGGAGAUAUCAUAGGUCUUGUUUUGCUAAAGAAUGACUCGCUCACUGUGCCUGAUUUGAACAUGUCGUCACAAAAAGAAAAUACGAUUGCUAACUUAAAUUUCAAAUACUCACAUCUUGUAGUUGUGGUCCCACAGAAUACUACAAGAGGAAGUGUCAUUUCAUUUAAGGAAAUAUCUUUCUUACUGAUGCCCUUGAAUUUCACAAUUCAUGUUACAAUGGAUUACAGUGGUACAUAUAAAGCCAAAUGGGAAGCUUCUCGAAAAAAGAGCCGCAACAAGCGAGAUAAAUGGAGAAGUUGUACUAGUCACAAUCUCCCAAAUUGUAAAACGUGUGUAAAAGUCUGGGGCAAAAUCAGUUGUAAAUUUUGCAAAGAUGGAUUCUUCGGACCAACGUGCAAGAGACCUUGUCCCGAGGUUUGUUCUGCCUGCAUUCAGGACAGUGGCAGUUGUGAUCAGUGUGCCACGGGUUACUUCGGGGAAAACUGUAAGGAGGUGUGCCCCGUCAGAUGUAGUCCCUCCCUGGGGUGUAACGCGGACAGCGGCUGUAGGGAAUGCCAGCUAGGGUUUCAGGGAAAGUGGUGCGAGGAGUUCGUCUCUAGAUGUGAAGAAGGGUAUUUUCCUGGAGCUUACUGUUCAAACGAGUGUCCAGAAAAUUGUGUAUCCUGCAAUAUAUCAGAUAGUGAGUGCAUCGUCUGCAAAAAAGAAUCAGAAUGGACACAGUGUAUGAAAGCUG